AUGUGGAUGUUUUCUUGGCUUUGUGCCAUUUUAAUUAUUUUGGCUAUUGUUGGUAUGGACACAAUAGCAAAGACCACACCAUAUACCAAAUUUACGAAGAAAUCUGAGGGAAGAGAGAUGCCGAAGGGCCUAAAGCCGUCCAGUGGCCUACCUCCGGAAGAAGAAAGCCGCUUCAUGGAAGUGGCUGAGGUGGCAGAACCAACCCCGGACCCCUCAGCCCUAGAGUCUGCCUUCGGCACUGCCACUCUCUUCCCCUUCGAGAACUUCACUCUCGACACGGCUGACUUCUUUUUGAAUUGCUGUGACUGCUGUUUAUCUGUCCCAGGGCAAAAAGGAGAACCUGGAGAUACUGGAGAGCCAGGUCUUAAGGGAGAGGCUGGUGAUAUGGGGAUCCCAGGGCCACCAGGAGUCAUUGGACCCCAAGGUCGAAAAGGCCAGAAAGGAGAGAAGGGACUUAAGGGAGAACGUGGGGACCAAGGAACAAGUGGAGUUCCAGGAUACCCAGGAAAGCCGGGAGAACCAGGUGGACUUGGUCCUAAGGGGGAUAGAGGAAACACCGGACUGGCGGGAGUGAAAGGACAAAAGGGCUCAAAGGGGGACACCUGUGCAAACGGAACCAAAGGAGACAAAGGAGACCGCGGGCCUGUGGGCUCACCGGGCUUGAGCGGAGAGCCUGGGGCCAAGGGAGAGAAGGGCGAGAUGGGGGGGAAGGGGCCCUGCGGAGAUUCCGGGGAGAGGUGGGGGAGAGGGGAGAAAGGCGAGCGGGGGAUGAAAGGGGAAAAAGGUAGCAGAGGAGACAUGGGAACGGAAGGCACCAGCGGCCCAGAGGGCCUGCCUGGGGCCAAAGGUGAUCCCGGGGUUAAGGGAGAAAAGGGAGACGAGGGUCCUCCUGGUCCUGUGGGACCUGCGGGGCCGAAGGGCGAGCUUGGGAGCAAGGGGGUCCGAGGGUCCAUUGGGAGGAAGGGCUCUCGGGGCCUCAAAGGCUCCAAGGGGGAGGUGGCCCGAGCGGCGCAGUCGGCUUUCAGCGCUGCUCUAUCGAAGCCUUUCCCUCCUCCCAACGUCCCUAUCAAAUUUGACAGGGUUCUCUAUAACGACCAAGGGAAUUACAGCCCGGUCACCGGGAAAUUUAACUGUAGCGUUCCCGGGGCAUAUGUUUUUUCCUACCACGUCACCGUGAGGAGCCGACCCGCGCGGAUCAGCCUGGUGGCCCGGAACAAGCAGCAGUUCAAGUCCAGAGAAACGCUCUAUGGUCACGAAAUAGAUCAGGCCUCUCUCCUCGUUGUCCUGAAAUUAAGCGCAGGGGACGAAGUCUGGCUGGAAGUCUCAAAAGAUUGGAAUGGGGUGUAUGUCAGUGCUGAGGAUGACAGCAUUUUUACUGGGUUCCUUCUGUACCCAGAGGACACUCCUGAAAUUUCUCCAUAA